AACAAAAAAAAAAAGAUAUGUUUUGGGUGGUAAGAAUCUAAAUUUAUUAAUUACCGGGACGCUUUUAAUUUACUUGAAAAAGUACCAACCGAACGCGUUUUCUUUUGCCUAAUGCAAUGAAAUUCGAAUAUUCGGGGCUUAAAAUUCGAAUUGACAAAAAUAUCCCCGAUUUAUUUCGUUUCCCUAUACGCAUGGGGCCCGCGAUGACGUCACUUACGGCUUAUAAAAGCAUGCGCUACCGCUCCCUCAAUACUUGGUUUAGGACACCAAAACCAGAAAUACGAUCCCACCAUCUUCUCCUCCCCCCUCUAAUAGGUAAAAAGCCUAAACCAGAAGCUUCGGAAACCCUAAAAAUGGUGGCCGGCACUACGAAGAAUUCCAGCGGCAGUCUCAAGUUUCUCUGCAGUUAUGGCGGAAAAAUACUCCCCCGUUCUCCCGAUGGCAAGCUUCGCUACGCCGGCGGUCUCACCAGAGUCCUCUCCGUCGACCGAUCCAUCUCCUUCGCAGAGCUGAUGGUGAAAUUGGGGGAAUUCUGCGGAUACUCCGUUGACCUGAAGUGUCAAUUACCAAACGGGGAUCUAGAGACUCUGAUCUCCGUCAAAUCCGACGAGGAUCUAUCCAACAUAAUCGAGGAGUACGAUCGCGUCUCCGGCCGCAAAAUCCGAGCGGUUUUGUCCCUUCCGAGAUCACAUAAGCAUGUAUCUCCGCCGCCGAGCGGCAACCAGUCUCCGAAAUCGCCGUUCUCCGCCGUGGCCUCGCCGCCGACCUCUCCGGCGCACGGGAUGUUUCUAAAUCCUCGUGUUUGCUUGCCUCCAGCGGAUAUUCCGAGCAGAUUCCGGAGAAUAUCUUCGGAAACUCACUGUUGCAGCUGCCAGCUGCAGAGAAAUGCUAGACGGAUCUGGUAUUGACGGAGAGAGAAUUUCCAAAGCCGCCAUAGACGAUGACGAUCAAGAAGAAGAAUUAUAAGAAAAUUUAAGAAUCGGGUUUAAUUUCUGGUCUUGCGAAUUUCAUGGUGUGCGGUUGUAAAAAUCUGAAGAAAAAAAAUUAAGAAAAAGUAAUCAAAUUAUGGACAUCGGAGGCGAUGGUCAACGGAGAAGACGAACUUUUUGAACGUCCGUUAACCGCCGUUAGAGUGCCGUUAAGGCAGGUGGGCACGAACAACGCUACUUUUUGUAAUACGUGGAUACGUGGCCACUGUUCGUGAGGCCAAAAGACGCCGAGUCAGAGACGUAACACGUGUGUGGUUCCGUGGCGGGUUUUCGUCACACGUGUCUCGCUCUCCAGAUUCCGAGGUUUAGGAAAAGGCCACGAGGUUUGGAAUACGUCUCUCGCAUGAGAAGUUGGUUCUUCUUUUGGAAUUAAAUUUUUUUUUAAAAAAAAUCUCCAAUUCAAGAGAAAAAAUAAUUAAAUUUUUAUAAUGAUUAUUAUUAUUUAGCACAUGGAAGGAAGGGGUCAUACAUGGACCUGAGAAAACGGGGAAUUAGCAUAAUAAUUAAAAAAAGAAUAUUCCAUGAGUUGGUCCGCCAUACAUAAUUAAAUCUAAUGGCAUAAAUAAACAGAUGAGCCUUUCUUAAACGACCCUCAUAAUUUUCGGGAGAGACCAUUGACAUACUCUAAUGGGGACGCCGACCUUAGACCAUCUAAAGAAGUGAAAGCUGUCCGAGCAACUAACUUGUCUGUUUUCACACUACAUUACAAUUUGGCAUCAUUUUAUAUAAAUUAAUUUAGAAGAUGUUUUCAUGGUAAAAUUUAAAAAUAUCAGACCGACCAACCGGAGAUUUGCAUUUUAGCUACGAAAGUGAAUAGGAAUAAUCUUUUUUUUUUUUUUUGUUUGUGUUUGGGUUUGUGCGAAUAAAAACAAAAGUUAAAGCCAACAUCAUGGACGCGUUCUUUAUACCAAGAAUUGAUCCGUGGAGAAUACUCAACGUCGGGAAUAUUCCACGUUCUCCCCAAAUGUGCCACCAUCUGACUUUUUCUUUGCCUUCACACCAUGUUUUCAUGCUCGAAAUCUUCAGCGUCCUGACUCAGACAACAUUCACUGUCUGAGACAGAUGUCUUCUUCUGGUUCUGGAGGUAGGUGGGUCCUUUCUGGUUAUAGACAGUUGAGGAACAAAUUACAUACGAUGAGGACCCAGAAAGCUUUACUGGACCAGGAGCCUCACAGGAUUAGGGAGGUUGAUCGAAAG